AUGAACGUUUUGGUAUACUCUGGGCCAGGUGCCACCACCGAAAACGUCAAGCACUGCAUCGAGACCUUGAAGCUCCACCUCUCGCCAUACUAUGCUGUUGUUUCCAUCUCGGAAGCUGCGCUUUUGCGGGACCCGUGGCAGCACAAGGCGUCGCUCUUGGUGAUUCCAGGAGGUGCUGACUUGCCAUACUGCAACUCGUUGAAUGGAGAGGGCAACCGCAAAAUCACCCAGUUCGUCAAGAAGGGCGGAAAGUACAUGGGUAUUUGUGCUGGUGCCUACUACUCCAGUGCCAGAUGCGAGUUCGAGCAGGGAACUCCUCUCGAGGUGUCUGGCUCCCGAGAGUUGGGGUUUUUCCCCGGCACCGUUAAGGGGUGUGCUUUCAAGGGGUUUGUCUACGAGUCGCACAAGGGCGCCAGGGCGUCGAUGUUGUCUGUGAACAACGAGCUCUUGCCUGAGCUGCCCAAGACGGUGUACACGUACUACAACGGGGGUGGGGUGUUCGUCGACGCCAAAAAGCACAGAAACGUGGAGGUUUUGGCUACCUACGCCGAGGACGUGGACGUCGACGAUGAAGACAAGGCGGCCGUGGUGUACUGCAAAGUCGGCAAGGGUGACGUGCUCUUGUCGGGACCACAUCCCGAGUUCACGCCUGCGUUGAUGAAGAACAACGAGGGCGACCCCAAGUUUGCCAACGUCAUCAGCGUGGUGGGCAAGAACGACAGAAACAGAAAGCAGUUCAUGGUGUCGUGCUUGAAGAAGUUGGGGUUGCGUGUCAACGACAACAUCGACGUGACAGUGCCCAAGAUCACGCCUCUCUUCCUCUGUGCACACGCAGACCCUGGCGCCAUCAACGAGGUGAUGAUCAAGAUCGCUGAAAACAACGACUUGCACAACGGAAGCACCUUGGAGGACGAAAACGACACCUUUGUGUUCCACCGCGAGGACGAGGACGACCACGACUACUUCUUUACCGAAAACGACGACAUCGAGGACCCCGACACCGUGGCGAAGCACGUCAAGGUGUUCACACUGGGUGCAUUGCCCACUGUCAAAAGCACGCCCUACUUCAAUUUGGCAGCGUACUAUGGCCAUCUCACCCGUCUCUACAAGGGCAACUUUGGCCAGUUUGGGCGUAUUACAGGCUACGGCGAGGUGGUCAGCUCCACCAGCACCUUAAUGGACAAGAACCCCAGGUUUCUCAGCCUGUUGCCCACAGGAACCGUGCUCACUGCCACCACCCAGGUGGCAGGCAGAGGUCGUGGUGGAAAUGUGUGGAUCAACCCCCACGGAGUUUUGGCAGCGUCUGUAUUGUUCAAGAUCCCUGCCAACACCCCCAGCAACGUGGUCACGCUCCAGUACUUGGGCGGGUUGGCGUUCGUGGAGAGUAUCUUCGGGUACGGCAGCGAGGAGCCUGGCCAGGCUGUGGGCUACGAGGAUAUGCCUGUUAAAAUCAAGUGGCCUAACGAUCUCUACAUCUUAAAGCCCGAGUACUUCAACAAAAUCAGCGACAAGGACGAGACCCACUCUACAGUGGAGGGCGACGACCAGAAGUGGGCCAAGGUGUCGGGAGCCAUUAUCAACUCCCAGUUCAUCGACGGCAACUACCACUUGGUGUGGGGUGGAGGCAUCAACGUGUCCAACGCGGCCCCCACCACCUCGUUGAACCUCGUGCUCGAGAAAUUGAACAAGAUCAGGGCUUCCCAGGGCAAGCCUGCAUUGGCCCCAAUUGAACCAGAGAUCUUGCUUGCCAAGCUCAUGUACACCAUGAACUCGUAUUUUGGUGUGUUUUUGAAGACAGGCAUGUCGCCCUUCUUGCCCUUGUACUACAAGAGAUGGUUCCACUCCGACCAGCGGGUGGUAGUGGAUGAGGGUAACGGCAACCCCAGAACCUGUGUGAUCAAGGGGAUCACUCCCGACUAUGGUUUAUUGAUUGCCGAGGACACCCGUAACCACGAGAUCUUGCACUUGCAGCCAGACGGGAACUCGUUCGACAUCUUCAAGGGGUUGGUGUACCGGAAGUGA